AUGAGCUCCAGUCGAAUACAAGAUGGUAGGGAGGUCGAGAGGAAAAAAAAGUCCGAAGCAGAGCUUCAAAUGCACGAUUUUGGACAACAGACGUCGCACAGCUCGUCAUCGCCAGAAAGAUCGAGCAGUCGACCCAAGAGCAGUCGCAAAAGCACGGAAGGCACCAGAAAAAAGAUGCUAAAUCCUUAUGGACUCACGCCUUCGACGAUUCCGCCUUUUGCGCUGGACGAACAACUCAAGGCGCAAAGACGUCAAGGCACACAAAACCAGGGUCGGUCGUCACAGACUGCCGAAAACACUUACGAACAGCCCCAACAACAACAAAAACCGACAGACCGCUCUUGCAAAGAUCCGUUUCUGGUGUAUCACAACGAUAACUGGGACCAGUUCGUAGAAAACGUGGGCUCAAACGUCGCAUACCUGCACAAGGCGGUCGAUGCCCCAGAUGCGAGCAUUGCUGGCCACGAAAGAGCGGAAAUAGCAGGCCAAACCUCCAGUACAGCGUCAGAGACGGAUAAGUCGUCUUCGAGCGAGGAUUUGCGAGACAAGAAGGCCCCUGCGGCCAAGGCACACUCGCAGACCAACGAAAAACUGCCACCUCCAUUUCCUGCCGCCCCCAAAAACGUUUUUGCAGACCUUGACGGGUCGUGGGGCGGCAGCGAGAGGCUCAAUGCGAUUUUCAACGGCCCGCUGCUCGACAGCAACAAGUUUACGAACAACCAAGACCGGCAGGACUGGUCAGAAUACCUGGAGUCUGUAAAGGCGUUCUACUAUUGCGAGGAACCGCUGAAUCCGGACCUGGAGGCUGGCCUGCAGCGCGAGGGAGAGGCAUCGAACGGCGAGGGCGGCGAAAACAACAGAUUGCAGGCGUUUUUGGAGAAACAGAAGCUGGACUUCAAGCAGAAGCGGAAGCACUGGAGACAACUAGAGCGACAGAAGAAACAGAAGUGGCUCCCCACGCUCCGCAAGCUGAUGCUGGACAAUCAGUACUUGCCACUCGGGUUCCGCAUGUUUAUCGUGAUUCUCAGCAUUAUAGCGCUGGGCCUGGCAAUUCGGAUCUACCAAAAUUCAAGCUCGCGAGUCGAGGAAAUAGGCGAAUCGAUUCCCCAGCAGGCCAGCACUGUGAUGGCGAUUUCGGUCAACUCAAUUGCCGUAUUCUACCUGUUCUACAUCUCGUACGACGAGUUUUCGGGCAAACCUCUGGGACUGCGAAAUCCGUUUGGAAAGCUGCGGCUCAUUCUGCUGGAUCUGCUGUUCAUCAUUUUCUCCAGUGCCAACCUAGCAUUGACCUUCAACACCUUGUACGACGGGCAAUGGGUGUGCACCACAGGUGAAUACACCAAGGAGCAGCUCCCUAAGAUCGAUUACAUCUGCAGGAAGCAAAGAGCGUUGGCGUCGUUCCUGUUUGUCAUGUUGUUCCUAUGGGUCGCGACCUUUUCCCUAAGCAUUCUAAGAGUGGUCGAAAAAAUGAAUUCUGGUUCGCCCAGAUAA